GCUUAUCGGCUUUGACCGGACAAAUUUUUAGAAAGGCUGAAUUUUCUGUACCAACCUCUGGGGUAAGUAAUCACGCGAUUCCAACAGUUAUCUAUCUAUCUUCGACGUAUGUGUAUAGCACCUUGAGCAUACCGAUGGUAUUGUAGCCGGACCUCCCUUCUUGGAUCGAUUUGCCUUACUGGACCGCAAAAUGACUACUUAUCUCAGAGAUGCGACGCGAUAGUAGGGUCAUGAAGUGGGAGAACUUCAAUUUGACUUCAAUUAAUAUCCAGUCACUAUUGAAAAAGCUAUUACAUGAAUACAACUGCUCCAUGCCAAGUAAUGUACCGGUAAAUGGGCGCGGCUAUGCAUUGAUGGCCAUUCUUUACAGAUUCAAACAGCCACUAUGAUUUGGAGUUGAAUUGAACACGUGGUUAACCAAACUUCUAUAUAAUAAAAAUCCUUGUUGAGUCGUGUUAAUCACCAUUCGCACUGUACUCCCUACGGCUCUAUGACUUCUACCAUCAAGAUGAUACGCGCUAUCGACGUUGUCAAGCAACGGCUUCCUAAUCUCCCUCGAACAGACGCACUGUCUACAGGGUAUAUGCGUCUGGACGAAGACAGCGCUUCAUCGACCGCAGCUACCGAACUUCCAAAGGCUUUCGAGACGUUCAUGACCGAAGAACACCAUCUUCUCGUCAGUGCAGCUGAUGUCAACCACGUUUCUACGCUAUAUCUAAUACACCAUGUUAACCUCAUCAUUGCAAGGGUGCUUGAUGAAAAGGGCCUAGGAACAAGAAGCCUGAGAUGUUGUAGUCCGUCGCAGGAUAGCGAUCGUCCAGACCUUGUCUGGCAGUUCUCGCUCGAUGGUCACCGCUUCUGUGACCUCUUCCAGCUGAAGUACAAGGCCAUACAAACGAAAGCUCUCCCCAUCGUUCAGCAAGCAACUGAGUAUGGUUGCGGCGUGUCAAGCAGUGGCGUAGUUGCCGUUUUCGAUUAUGAUGGUAUGGUUGCUCUGGAUUUCAAGCUGGGAGGAGAGAUGUAUGACAAUAAGGUCAAUCCUGUCAAGUAUCUGUUUUGCAGCAGCAAUGAUGACAACUGGACCUUUUGUCAACUUUUAUUAGCAGUCAUCAUCUACUGCUUUCAUAAGAAAGGCAUCCUUGACUCGGACGCGCAUGAAGUAACGAUAUUGGACGGCGAUGGUACCGGUUUAUCGGACGGCUACCUCCCCGGUGGCAUUGACGGACACGAACUUUGUUCGAUCGUUGUCAUGGCCUCACUUGAACAAUGA